AUGAGCUUCGGCUCGGAGCACUACCUGUGCGCCUCCUCCUCCUACCGCAGGGUGUUCGGAGAGGGCUCUCGCCUGUCCUCGCGCCUCUCCGGCGCCGGUGGCGCGGGUAGCUUCCGCUCGCAGUCGCUGUCCCGCAGCAAUGUGGCCUCUUCGGCUGCCUGCUCCUCGGCCCCGUCGCUCGGCCUGGGCCUGGCCUACCGCCGGCCUCCAGCGACCGACGGGCUGGACCUGAGUCAGGCUGCGGCGCGCACCAACGAGUACAAGAUCAUCCGCACCAACGAGAAGGAGCAGCUGCAGGGCCUCAACGACCGCUUCGCCGUGUUCAUCGAAAAGGUGCACCAGCUGGAGACGCAGAACCGCGCGCUGGAGACCGAGCUUUCCGCGCUGCGGCAGCGCCACGCCGAGCCGUCGCGCGUUGGCGAGCUCUUCCAGCGCGAGCUGCGCGACCUGCGCGCGCAGCUGGAGGAGGCGAGCUCGGCGCGCUCGCAGGCCCUGCUGGAGCGGGACGGGCUGGCGGAGGAGGUGCAGCGCCUACGGGCGCGCUGCGAGGAGGAGAGCCGGGGGCGCGAAGACGCCGAGCGCGCCCUGAAGGCGCAGCAGCGCGACGUGGACGGCGCCACGCUGGCCCGCCUCGACCUGGAGAAGAAGGUGGAGUCGCUGCUGGACGAGCUCGCCUUCGUGCGCCAGGUGCACGACGAGGAGGUGGCAGAGCUGCUGGCCACGCUGCAGGCGUCGUCGCAGGCCGCCGCCGAGGUGGACGUGGCUGUGGCUAAACCAGACCUGACUUCGGCGCUGCGGGAGAUCCGCGCCCAGUAUGAGUCCCUGGCCGCCAAGAACCUACAGUCGGCCGAGGAGUGGUACAAGUCCAAGUUCGCCAACCUGAACGAGCAGGCGGCGCGCAGCACCGAGGCCAUCCGGGCCAGUCGCGAGGAGAUCCACGAGUACCGGCGCCAGCUGCAGGCACGCACCAUCGAGAUUGAGGGGCUGCGCGGGGCCAACGAGUCUUUGGAGAGGCAGAUCCUGGAGCUGGAGGAGCGUCACGGUGCUGAGGUGGCCAGCUACCAGGAUAGUAUUGGGCAGCUGGAGAAUGAUCUGAGGAACACCAAGAGUGAGAUGGCACGCCACCUUCGAGAAUACCAGGACUUGCUCAAUGUCAAAAUGGCUCUUGACAUUGAAAUAGCUGCUUACAGGAAACUGCUGGAAGGCGAAGAGACACGUUUUAGCACUAGUGGAUUGAGCAUUUCAGGGCUGAAUCCAGUUCCCAAUCCAGGUUAUCUGCUUCCACCUAGAAUCCUCAGUUCUACAGCCUCCAAAGUCUCAGCCUCUGGGCUGUCUCUGAAGAAGGAGGAGGAGGAGGAAGAAGCUUCUAAGGUAGCCUCUAAGAAAACCUCCCAGAUAGGGGAAAGUUUUGAAGAAAUAUUGGAGGAGACAGUAAUAUCUACUAAGAAAACAGAGAAAUCAAAUAUAGAAGAAAGCACCAUUUCGAGCCCCAAAAUGUAAUUCUUCUGCUUAAAAAUAGUUAAUGCUUAAGAGGGGAUAAUAAUGCAUUUGACAUGUUAAAGAGGCUUUUCCUGAACCAAAACACCUGUCACCACUAUAAAAUGUCUACAAGGCUCAUAUCUACCAUUGAAUACUUACUCUAAUAAGAAAACCACCCCUUAGAUGGGAGCAAACAGCAGUCCUAGAGCAAUCACAUAUUAUCUAAGAAUACAGCUUUCUUUCCUGAAGUUCAGGCUUCACAGCAAUAGAUGAUACAGGUACAGAGGAAGUGCAGACUAAGGUGCUAAAUCUGUGAUUGUCAUCAUUUGCUGUGCAUUGGAAUUAAAAUCUAUGUUAGCUCACCAUACCCCGCCAUUACGCAGGUAUAUAACCUCACUCCAGAGACCUGAAUCAUAAAAUCACUGCCAAAUGGUAAACCAGGGUCCACACCUGACACCUGUCUGAUAGAACUGUUUCACAAAUGAUGGGUGUUUAAUGGACACUUUCCCUUCACCCCCAUCAAUCAAUCCCAUGUGUCCUUUUUUCAAUUCAGGAAAAAAAAAUACUAGUGUAGUAUUCUUCCCUUUUAAACACAUUUAGGUUCUUCUCAAAAGAACUUGCUCCCUUUAGCACUUUCACUCAAUGGGUAAAAUUAGAUGCAUGUUGACCAUUUCUCUGAUUCAUGUAAUGACAUCUUCCUGCCCAUUCCAUAACCCUCCAAGUCUGUAAGUUUAAAAAAAUGGCAGAUAAGUUUUAGAGGUUGCCCCCAACACAUAAAAUAAUGAAAAGAGUCCCUAGAUUUUAGGCUUUUGGCUUAUUGAAAUCCAUUUAAUUAGGGAAAAAAAUCUACUUUAUUAAGAAUGUAGCAUUUCACCCUAAUUUUAGAAGCACAGUAGUAGUUACCCCAAGCUGUGGUUAAGCUGACCUUAGGUUUAGUAGUGUAAGCUAGAAGAGGUGAGUACUCAUAUGAAUGGAAAAAGCCAAGGUCUCAUUUAUCUGUGCCAGUUCAUUGUGAUAUACAAUUAGCUGUUUCGUGCCCUUACUUACCCUUAGGAAGAAUCUAUAUAUUCCCCUUCCCACGAGUCUAGGUCUUAAAGAGGCCUCGUUUUCACUCUCCUAUGGCUUUUAAGAGUGCUAAGUGUAGAUUAUGUUAUCAUCAGGACACAAUGCUACUGCCCAGAAGUAAAAAAGUCACUUCUGGUGAAAUCAACACCACCAGCAAAUAUGAAAAACGAAUCUUUCUCUUGUCUAAAAGAGUCUUGCCCAACAGUUUUCCCACUGCUGCAUGGUUGAUGUGGUCUCCCUUCCCAGCUGGGGAGGAGACACUCAGACCAGAGAAGGGGCA